AUGACCGACUCCCUAGCACAGGAAGAAGCAGACAGAUUCUUUUCCAACAAAGAUAGAAUUACCACUCAUCCAGAGGACGCGUCUGAUUCGGAUAAUCAUUCAGAAAUCAACGAGAAGGACAUUACAACUGACCCAUACCACUCGGACCCUGGUGACGACGAGGAUACAUUACACAGCAUGGCAGCUACCGCUACCGCGACCGCCACCUAUCAUGUCCCUCACACCUUCUUCGACGCCAACACUGGUCCCAAAGGCGUCAUAGCUGACGCACGUUCAUUCAAUCGAGCAAAGAAGACUUCUCUACGUAAUACGUUUCUAAACAUCACAAGUGGUCACUAUUUCCAACAGAGCUCCAAAUCUCGACAGACGACUCCACCGACGGGGAGUGCCUCGACAGAGAAGUCGGGAAGUGGGCAUGAGGAUGAGGAUGACGAAUUCAUGGAGCAAUGGAGACAGAGCAGGCUGAGAGAGCUCGCUGCAGGUGGCUCGCAGAAGCACCAAAGACGCCAAAGUCCAAGCAAGCGAAAAUGGGGUUUCUUCAAAGAAGUCGAUGCCAGUGGGUAUCUAGAUGCUGUAGAAAAGACAGCUUCAGAUACUGUGGUUGUGGUCUGCAUAUACGACCCUGAAUCAGACGAGAGUGCUGCCGUGGAGGAAUCGUUACAUAUCCUCGCACAAAAACAUGCAACGACCAGAUUCGUCAAGCUGCACCACGAGAUUGCCGAGAUGGAGCAUGUUGGCGCCCCAGCCAUUAUUGCCUACCAGAAUGGGGAUGUCAUCGCUAUGCUGGCAGACUGUUCGGCUGUUGGCUUGGAAACGAAUCUGCGACGGAAUGGCAUGCUGGUCGAUACUACUUAUUAA